AGUAAAUCUACACACACUGACGCACCAUGACCAACUUUUCCUACAUCUGCACCGUGUGGAUCAGCGUCUGUGUGUACCUCCUCUCUGCAGAACCUGAGAUCAGUGUAUCUGGUCCAGUGGGUUCUACAGCUGUCCUGCCGUGUCAACUGACGAGUGUAGACACUGACAUACCGUAUAUUAGAUGGAACACUGAAUCUGAGAUUGUGUUUGAGCGACUGAGUGAGAGGUUGUAUCAGGGUGAGGGAUAUGAGGGUCGUGUGGACGUUCCUGUGGAGGAGCUGCGUAAGGGGAACUGUUCACUGGUGUUACACAAUCUGACAUUUACUGAUACAGGAGUCUACACCAGCUACCAGACAGUGAGACGCACCAAGAGAUCUGUGAACUUCAAAGUGGUCUCGAUCAGCCGUGUUAAACUCUCAGUCCAUGACCUCCUCUCUGCAGAACCUGAGAUCAGUGUAUCUGGCCCAGUGGGUUCUACAGCUGUCCUGCCGUGUCAACUGACGAGUGUAGACACUAAAACAUCGUAUAUUAGAUGGAACACUGAGUCUGAGAUUGUGUUUGAGCGACUGGGUGAGAGGUCGUAUCAGGGUGAGGGAUAUGAGGGUCGUGUGGACGUUCCUGUGGAGGAGCUGCGUAAGGGGAACUGUUCACUGGUGUUACACAAUCUGACAUUUACUGAUACAGGAGUCUACAUCAGCUACCAGACAGUGAGACGCACCAAGAGAUCUGUCCGUGUUAGGAGAGGAACAGUCCUGAUCAACAGUGUUAAUCUCUCAGUCUAUGUUCCCCCUCUUAAAGAAACAGACGUUGGUAUUUCAGCAGCUCCCACAGUAAUGAAGAGUCCUCACCCACUGGUCCUGUCCCUCGUCUCAUCUUUACUCGUCCAGCUCUUCUGUGGAGAAACAUGAGUGUGACCUACAGCUGUGUACAGGACUGUGUGUUUCAAUCACACACAGUAAACUACACACUGCAGCUGUGUGAUGCUGAACAAUCAGAACUCUAGAGACACGUCACUGCUGUCCAAUUAGAAUUGUUCACCAGACUUGGAGUUCAUGUCCCUGACACUUUGGGACAGUUUGUUUGACCUAAUGAAGAAUUUCAGACAAGUGAAGCAUCUUCAAGAACUUUAUACAAG